GGCCUGGGAACGCUUGGCCCCGGGCUGCUGAGGAGCCUGUGACGGGGCGGAGCGGCGCCAUCCCGGCCCAGAGGCUUGCUGACCGGCAAGCUCUGCGCGCCCUGCGGAGGUCGGCGGCCACUAGCAGCGACCGCGGAGCGGCGGCGGGCGGCCCCGGGUAUGUACGCCCCCGGAGGCGCAGGGCUGCCCGGCGGGCGCCGGCGGAGGAGCCCGGGAGGCAGCACCCUGCCCAAGCAGCCGGAGCGUAGCCUGGCCUCGGCCCUGCCGGGCGCCCUGUCCAUCACGGCGCUGUGCACUGCCCUCGCCGAGCCUGCCUGGCUGCACCUCCACGGCGGCACCUGUUCCCGCCAGGAGCUGGGGGUCUCCGACGUGCUGGGCUACGUGCAUCCGGACCUCCUGAAAGAUUUCUGCAUGAGUCCCCAGACUGUGCUGCUCCUGCGUGUCAUCGCCGCCUUCUGCUUCCUGGGCAUCCUGUGCAGCCUCUCCGCCUUCCUGCUGGAUGUCUUUGGACCCAAGCAUCCUGCCUUGAAGAUCACCCGUCGCUAUGCCUUUGCCCACAUCCUCACAGUCCUGCAGUGUGCCACUGUCAUUGGCUUCUCUUACUGGGCCUCCGAACUCAUCCUGGCCCAGCAGCAGCAACAUAAGAAGUACCAUGGCUCCCAGGUCUACGUCACCUUUGCCGUCAGCUUCUACCUGGUGGCAGGAGCUGGUGGGGCCUCCAUCCUGGCCACAGCGGCCAACCUCCUGCGCCACUACCCUACAGAGGAAGAGGAACAGGCGCUGGAGCUGCUGUCGGAGAUGGAGGAGAACGAGCCGUACCCAGCGGAGUACGAGGUCAUCAACCAGUUCCAGCCGCCCCCGGCCUACACACCCUAAUGCCAGCCCCUGGGGUUUCCCCCUCAGCCCCCCGCCCCAGCUCAACAGCUCCGUUCAGCCCCCUGAGGAGCCCCUUUCCCCCAGCAGGCCUCACUGGUAGCAUCCCGACCAUCUUCUCCCCACUGUACCUGGAGAGACUCCCUCGGCGUUCCCCGUGCCUGGAUGCACACUGGACGUCAUGCACUGUUCCCAGCAGCCACCUUCCUCUCCCUGCCCGAUCACGUCACUAGCAUUACCAACCAGGGUUGCCACAGCCCACCUCUCCCUUCCUGGACCGGAGCUUUUUGCCUGGGUCUCUCCUGCGGGCACUGCUGACAGUGGACACACAGUUCCAGCCAGAGGGGUCCACAGGGCCCAAGAGAAAGGGGACUGGGCCCUGCAGCCUGCUUCUGAAGGGUCAGUGUUUCUUCCAGUUGUCCUUCUGGGCUGAGCACCCAGCCCUCCUCCUCCGAGUGCCCCAACACCUAGGGCCGCGCACUCCGGGGAGUUCUCUGCACUUUAGCCUUGGGCUGCGGCCUGUGUGUUCGCCUUGUCCUCACAGGAGAAGGAAGGCUGUUGGGAAGCAGAGCGGUGGCGCCCCCACCCGCCCUUGCUCACUCGGUUACUGCAGCGGACCUGGCACGGGCCUGCCAAGGAUGAGAAGCUCCUCGCCCUUCCGCCUUUUCAAACAGGGGUGGCUUUAAAAGGGGGUCGGGGGCACGAAACCCAAGCAACAGCAACAAUGCUCUCUUUUCAAAGUGGGGACAAGCCUGUUGUUGUUUCCGAAAAUUGCCUCCUGUUCUUUUUGGUUUUGCAAUAUUUUGGGUCUUAGCACCUUCCAAGCCCAUGACAGUUCCUCCGUGAGUUUCUCCCAGCAGAAUGCAGCCUUCCCCCCACCCCCUACUCCCUCCCAAGUCUGGGGCUUUCCUGUGGACCCCAGAGUCCCAUUGCCCCUGAGGGGCUUCAGACUGUGUGGCCUGGCUGGCCGGCCAGCAUGGUGCUCCUCAGGACUGUGGCACUGAGAUGUAACCUGGCCUCCAUUCAGGAACAGGGGCCCCUCCACAGGGAGCCACCAGUGGGCCCCCUUGUAUCAGGCGCCAGGACACUGGAUCAGACUAGUGGGCCUGGCUGUGUGCUCCAGGCUCAGCACGCCCCUCAGACUAGCGGGCCCCGGCUUGCUGCAUGCCCCUCCCCUUCUCAAAUGUUCUCCGACCCACAUGGUGCUGGGUCUGCCUGGAUUUCCUGCCCCGAGAGCUGGGGUGUAAAGUGGGGGAAAGCAGAGACCGCUGGGAUCCCAUGGCCACACUGCCCUGUGGCAUUACUGGAGCAGUCAUGACCCCAGCCCCUCCUCACCCCUUAGGCUACGAGGCAGAGUUAGACGAGAAUGGACAGCGUUGUUGGGCCCCAGUGCCCCGCCUGGCUUCAGUCAGAUGGACAUCUGCACAGGCCAGCUGUGUGGGUGGUGAAGACCCUGUCCUCACUGGAGCUCACUGAGUGGUGUCAGAGGGCUCCCAGUGCCUCUCGCGCUCACCAAGCCUGCCUUCUCUCAGGCAAGAAGGACUGCUGUGCCACACCGGGCCCAGACCAAGGAGCCCUGCCAAGUCUCAUCUUUCUGUUGGGGACCGCGUUUGACGUUGGCAGGUUUCUGAGGCGUGGCCAGCUCCCUGACAGUGGGUGUCUGAGCAGGCAGGCCAAGGACUGGUCAGUGCAUGAGGCCCUAAGGUGACCCUGUGGGCUGCUCCAUGUGGUUCAGAGCCCACCUUUUACUGGCUUCCCAUGCCCUGACCUUCCUUUCUCCCUGCCAUCUGAUACUGAGAGUUUGCCAUCCAAAUUCCCCUGGUUGUGUUUUUUUGUUGUUACUAUGGUUUUUUUUAAGAAAAUAAUUAAAAACACAAAAACAGAAACUACAAAUAA